AGGCUGGGAUUGAGAUGUAUUUUGUAUAUUUAUUAUAACACGUCUAGUGAGUGGUUGUAAGUAGCUGCUAACAAAUGGGUCUUUUGAAAGGGAGUCUACGAAUACACAUCAUCGAAGCAAAGGGUUUGUUAAACAGAGAUAACACGGUAGUUCAUGAAGAUGUAUCAGACCCCUAUGUUUCUGUUGAUGUUGGUGUUACCAGGGUAGCCAAAACGUUCGUCAAGGACAACAAUCUCAAUCCUCGCUGGAAUGAGGUUUUUAACGUAGACGUGAACAGUAAAGCUCGGUCAGUGACCUUCAAGGUGAAGGACCGUGAUGUGGUGGGAUGUGACAUGUUGGGCUGGUUAGCUAUUGAAGUGGACGAGCUACUCGAGGAGGAGAUUAUAUCCGGCUGGUUUCCACUGAUAAGUCCUCAGGGGAGACAGGAUUGUGGCAAGCUGAGGGUAGAGAUCAGUUUCAAGACCAAAAACAAGAACGUACAAAACAACAUGUUUCCUCUCAGAACAACCACAAGGUUGAGACUAUAUCAGGAUGCGUGCUGUGCCAAGUUUCCCCAACAUGACACCCACGUUAGGAGGAACUCUACGAUACAAGUCAAGGCUGGAGAAAGCAGCUGGAUAGAUUUGUACCGUGAUCUCAAACAAGCUCAAGAUCUUAUCUACAUCAGCGGAUAUACACUCAAUCCUGAUUUGAAGUUGUCGAGAUACACACCGUGUGAGACGCUAGGACAGAUACUUCUAGAACGUGCAGAGAAGGGGUGCAAGUCCUUAUCCAAGUCCAGGAGCUGUGUAUGGGGUCCCCUUGUGAGUACAUGUGCCACCUGCACGAUCCUGAACGACACUUGAAGCUGAGAUUCGCUGCUAGUUCCGUACAGGUUUCAGUGAGACCGCCCACACGAGAUGACCACACCUCCUCCUUCGUUUUGGUGGACACGUCUCUGGAGAACGUUAACGUGCCGCAGAGACGACUUGUUGCUUACUUCGGGGGCUUGGACCUGGUAACAGGAAGAUGGGACACGCCAGGUCACUCUCUCUUCGACACACAACGCACACUGCACCGGGGUGACUUCUACAACCCCUGUCUGAACCUCCGGGCCCGGGGUCAGUCUUACUGUCAGAUUUGUGGUCCCAAGGACACUCCUGACCAGGAAAUUGAGACUACAACUUGUGAUUCCUCAGGUGCUAGGUUACCUUGGCAUGAUACAACCAGCAGAUUUGAGGGCCGCCUAGCACACGAUCUCAUGGUACAUUUCGAGGAGGAGUGGUUAAAACACGGACCUAAAACGAACUUUGCGGAAAUAGACGAUGAAGACUACGAUCUGGAUAACCCCCCUCCCGGAAACAAGACAGACGAGUGGGAAUGCAGUCUCCUGACGAGCAUUGCUAACCCUAGCAACCCCACAUCGUCUCUAAAGAGACGGUCAACCAGACGUGCUAGAAGUAGGACGAAAAGUGUUAUGACUACUAAUGAGGAUGUCAUCCAACAAUGUUUAAUUAAUCAUAUUAAGAAAGCGAAGAAAUUCGUUUACGUGGAAUGUCCGAUUUUGUUCAAAACGAAAGAACCGGACGGUUUUACUCUGAACCCGGUCCUAAACGAGAUGAUAACACGGAUUAUGAUAUCUAUUGAAAACAGAACAGAGUUCACGGUGUUCCUCGUGAUCCCUGAACUUUACAUCCACACAUCCAACAUGAAGUUAGCUUCAGAUCCCGACACAGAUCGUGUAAACGUUUACCACAGGGAUUGUAUUGCUAAAAUGUAUAACAUGAUAGGAAACUGUAUUGCUCGACACAAGGGAUCAGCAGAUAAACACCCAACAGACUAUGUCCAGGUUUACACUCUCCGAAACAACGGUUCCAGUACCCCCUACAAGCUUAAAGAACACGAUCAUAACAUUCAGAGUCAGAUGAUAUUCGUACAUUCUCAGGUUGUUAUCAUAGACGACGAGCACUUGAUAAUGGGAUCUCCAACCAGCCACACUCAGCUCGCAAACAAGGACUACGAAGUAGCUCUGGCUCUGUGCCAGCCCCAUCACCCUAGUGUUAUGAACGGACCGUUACCCACAGGGGAUGUGGCCAGGUUUAGGAUGUCCCUGUGGUUAGAACACAUGGGGGACACCCAGACCUCUUGGACAGACCCGAGUAGCAGGGAGUGCAGGGAGAGACUGAGGUUUAUAGCUCAGGUUAACAGAGCUAACCAUGAUAAGGGUGUGGUUUGCGAGUCUCAUCUGCUCGAGUUUUGCAAAUCUGUUCACAAGAGUGGGAGAACGGAGUUUUACCACUUUAAGACACAUAAACACUAGUGCUAUAACACUGGAUUCUUAAACUUUACUUUCGGGUAGAGAUCAUAAGAUCGCGAUUUUUUUACCAACGUGAGCAUGAAAAUUACUUUUCCUUUUCAACCUCUUUUACUAUUUCAUAGCAAAAGCUUCUCGACACAAGAAGUGACACGUUUCUAAACAAUAUGGAGAGAAACACUUUAUUCCCUCGCAUCCUGUUUGAUAACUUAGUAUUCAUUCAUACUGACUUUCGUGGGAAAACUUUGUGCUAUUUUUACAAUGGACCUUAAUGGAGUCAACCAAAUAUUUAAUCGAUAUUGUGACUAAAAUUCAGGUAAAUCAGAUUAAUAAUGGUUAAAUUUAUUGCACAAAAUUGGCAAACCUUGCUGUGUGUAUCGAAUCCUAUUUUUAACAAAUUUUUGUCCGAAAGGAGGAUUUUGGGAUGAAAGAAUUUAGGGCUCACACGAAUAAAUGAGCUUAACACGUCAGCCUUUCUAAUUUUAUAGUUAUGGUAAGAUGACAUAUAAACUGAGUUUUAUGAGCAAGUUAAACUGUAUUGAGUUAAGAAUAACAUAUACCAACUAUUUUU